AAUUCAAAUGAAUAAAUGUAUGUUUGGCUUGGAGGCGGUUGCUUGUCGAUUUUAACUUUACUCUAACGAAUUAGAUUUGUGUUUUAGUGAAUUAAAAGUUAAUAAUUUAUUGAUAACUAAGAUGCCAAGUCAUAGGAUGGAAGAGUUUGAAAUCGACAGGAAGCCUACCAGGAAGCCUGCGAAACAGAAGUUCUACGACUUUCUUUAUAAUGAUGAAACGGGAGCUAUAUUGGGAAGAACGCCCGAAAGUUGGGGUAAAAUCCUGAUAUUCUACGCAAUAUUCUAUGCGGUCCUGAUCUCUCUAUUCGCAAUCUGCAUGGCGACGUUCCUGCAGCACUUCAUCAACCCGCGCGUGCCGCGGCUGCAGCAGGACGGCGGGCUGAUCGGUGCCAGCCCGGGGCUCGGCUUCCGUCCCCUGCCGGCCGAUGUGCGCAGCACGCUCAUAUGGUACAAGGGCACGGGCUACGACAGCUACAAGUACUGGGAGGACCAGCUCAUAGAAUUCCUCUCUGAGUACAAGAAGAAAGGUCAAACAGCUGGCGCAGGUCAGAAUAUUCACAACUGCAAUUUUGGCAGCCUGCCACCGCCCGGCAAAAUCUGUGAUGUUGACAUCCAAGGCUGGAAGCCCUGUAUAGAGGAGGACCACUUCUCCUUCCACAAGUCCUCACCUUGCAUCUUCCUCAAGCUGAACAGGAUCUAUGGUUGGCGACCUCAGUUUUACGAGGGAGGUCUGCCACAGGACAUGCCCAAGGACCUGCAGGCCCACAUCCAGAACCUCAGAACAACCAAUUCUUCAUAUGCCAACAUGGUGUGGGUGUCCUGCCAAGGCGAGACCCCCGCGGACAAGGAGAACAUCGGGCCCAUCCAGUACAUCCCCCACCAGGGCUUCCCGGGGUACUACUACCCCUACAACAACGCCGAGGGUUACCUGAGCCCCCUGGUGGCGGUGCAUUUGGUGAGGCCGAGAACCGGUAUCAUCAUCAACAUAGAGUGCCGCGCGUGGGCGAGUAACAUCGCGUACAGUAGAAAAGAUCGAGUAGGAGUGGUGCAUUUUGAGCUUAUGAUAGAGUAGACCAGACCAGCCCGAAGUAGACCACAGAAGAAGACUGGAAUAGACCAGACAAUCGUUAUCAAUAAGGUACGCGUGGGUCAAAAAUGACCCGAAAAUAACUAUAGCUUUAGCUGCCGACAACGUAAUUUAUAGUGGGAUGUUCUUAGACCUCGAAAAUGACCUUGUUAGAAUAAAAUGAUAUUUUAUUUAAUUAUUUCUGACAAAUAAUAUUUAACUCAGAAAAAACUGACGUUUAGACAGUUUUUCCAGUAGUAGUAGUACUUGUAGUAGUAGUAUAAAACUAUUUUAUUGAAACAGAGAACAUAAUCAUAGUGCAUACAAACAAGAUGAAAGACAUUUUAAUGUUUAAACUAUCGUGAAUUAUUUCGAUUUUAAGUAUACAAUGUACCAGCUACACUCACGUAUUUAGCGAACCGAGUCCCUACGAAAAAGGACACCGGAUGGGUUCGAAACUAGUCAGGGCUUACAUCGACUAAAUACCUGAGUAUAGCUGGUACAUCGUAUACUUAAGAAGAAAGACAAUCAUUAUUGUACUAUGGAGUACUGGAAAUUCUGUCAAAAUAACAAAAUUCGUCAGCAAAAGUCUAUUAGCAACAUUAUUUGUUUUAUUUAUUUGGCAAUCUUUAUGGCACACACAUAAAACAAUGCAAGUAACGGAAGAAACUAUAUUAAAGGGUGCAAAAGCGGCCAUUAAAUAUAAU